AUGAGAUCUCUCGCCCUCAUCAAAAGCCAUCACCUCUUGGUCCAUUGUUAUCGUCUAUGGCUGCUACCGGUAUUAUUACUGCUUUGCUUUCAUCUGCCGAGACAUGCCCACGCGUUUACACUGAUAACCUUUGAUGUGGACGGGACACUGGUCAGGGGAUCGGGACAAGAAGCCGAUACAUCUGCACACACCAAGGCGUUUGCUCAUGCCUGCGGCAAAAUUCUAGGGGAUGGAAUCACGCCGACAAAACCAGUGGCUCAAGCGUUGCCACAGCACUUGUUUCAUGGAUCCACCGAUGGAUUGAUCCUCUGUCGACUCGCCAAGGCAGAGCUGGACGUGAAUCAAGUCAGUGAAAGUCAAUUGGAGGCCCUCUUUGAGGCCAUGUACGCGUAUAUUGCAGCACUGGAAGACGACCAAGUUGCCAAAGGCAUUGAGCCAUUACCAGGUGUCUUGGAACAGCUUGCCACUCUGGCACAAAUGCAACAGCAGCCGAACAGCAAGGUGGCGUGUGGACUUGUGACGGGAAACGUCGAAGGCAUUGCCCGACGAAAAAUGAGAGCUGUGGGAGUGCUCGAAACACGGGCAUUGGCGCCACCCUCCCCCGAACAAAUGGAGCGCAAUUACAAAUGGCCGGGGGCGCAAGAUAUUGGAUUCUUGGGAGGAUUUGGAUCCGACUAUUGCAGUCGAGACAUUCAAGACAUUUCGAGGAAUUAUCUAGAUCGAGGAACGCAAAUUGCCAUUGCAGCAAGACGAUGCCAAUCCACUCUGCCACCCAGUGGCCAACUCGAACGGGUGGUGCACGUGGGAGAUGCUCCCGCCGAUGUCUUGGCGGCCAAAUCCUAUUCCGAACAAUUAUUGGUGACAGCCAAUGACAACGACAGCAAUAAAAAUGUCAUGUGUGUUGGAAUGGUCGCAGUGGCCACGGGGAGCUACAGUGCCGAACAACUGCGAGAGGCAGCUGGAGAGCCUAUCCCGGGGAGAUGGGAACCUGUCGUUUUGGAACAAGGAAUGGCAGAUCCAAGAUUUCUGGAGGCAUGUGGAAUUCAGCAGUAG